CAAUCCCAUACCUUCACUUCUUUUUCUUCCAACUCAAAGCCAACUUCCCAACAAUACCCUUUUCUUAAGAAACCCAUACAAAGAAACAGCAACAUCAGAAUUGCACUUUCCUCUCCCUUUGUCAUGGAAAACCAACAACAGCAGCCUGCCAUGAGAUCAAGGUUCAGGCGCGUCUGUGUGUUCUGUGGCAGCAGCGCCGGCAAGAACCCAAGCUACCAGCUCGCCGCUCUUCAGUUAGCCAAAGAACUGGUUGAGAGGGAGAUUGACUUGGUUUAUGGAGGAGGAAGCAUUGGGCUCAUGGGCCUCGUCUCUCAAGCCGUCCAUGAAGGUGGCCGCCACGUUCUGGGGGUGAUUCCCAAGACUCUUAUGCCUAGAGAGAUUACUGGAGAACCCGUCGGAGAUGUCAAACCAGUAUCAGGGAUGCACCAACGCAAAGCCGAAAUGGCUCGCCAAGCCGACGCAUUCAUCGCCCUUCCAGGUGGAUACGGGACUCUCGAAGAGCUCCUGGAAGUCAUCACCUGGGCUCAACUCGGGAUCCACGACAAACCCGUGGGUUUGUUGAACGUCGAUGGAUACUACAACUCAUUACUAUCGUUCAUCGACAAGGCCGUGGACGAAGGGUUCGUUGCCCCGGCUGCCCGUCACAUUAUCAUCUCUGCCCAAAAUGCCCAUGACCUCAUGGUCAAGCUCGAGGAAUAUGAAGCGCAGCAUUGUGGUGUAGCAUCGAAGUUGAACUGGGAGAUGGAGCAGCAAUUGGGUUACACAAUCAAGUCAGACAUAGCCCGUUGACUUACUGGAGAAGAAUUUUACAUCCUUAUAAAAUGUAGUUUGUCUGUUUACGAGUAUUUUUUUACUGUAGUAUCUAAUUGUAAUUUACCAAUUUGUUGAUAGUUUAGGGCACCUUUUCAACGUGGUAAUUUCUAUGCUAGGGUUUGUUUGCGUUUUUACCCUUAUUGGUUAUUUCUCUAUUGGCCACUUGUAGGUGAUGAUUACUAUUAUUUGCCAUUUGGGGCUUGAACAAGUUUUGUAACUUUUGUAAUUGGUAAUACAAAUAUAUGAAUAAGAUUUUCGACCGUGAUUAAGC